GUCGCAAAAGCACAAACAGCACAUAGCUUGUCGCGCAGGGCACCAAGAUACUAUACAGCUUGGCGCAUACUGUACGAAUCUCACAAGGCUGUUGUGUGUAGACUCUCGGGUCGACAAGACAGGACAAAGGACCAAAGAGACUCCCCGUCAACCUAUAUACAAAUACAUGAGAGGUCCUCACAGACAGUGGAGAGUAAUACAAAAAACGGCUGCCAAGCUAAAAGCAGGGAAAAGCAGAACAGGAUGCAUAACGACGAGACGGUGAUCUCAGAUGCGCCAGACAUGAUCAAUAAAGCGCCGACCAUUCCGGCUGUGGCUGGCAUGUCGGGGUCAGAGCACAAGAACACCACCAUUACCACCACCAUUACCACCACCACCACUGUCACCACCGAUACUGUCACCACCACCACAACUGAGUCCGUGCCUGUGCCUGUGCCUGGGCCCGGAUUUGUUGGACAUGGGACUGGAUAUGAUAGUGUCACUGGCUCUGGCUCUGCCUCUGGUGGCUCUGGCAUUCAUAACGACCAGAUUGGCAACGCCUCCGUCACUGGCAUUUCCUCGGACCAAGCUGGCGCAUUGUCACAGCAACAACAACAUCAACAGCAGGGAAAUGGACAUGAGUUGAGCUUAAACACAUCAACCGUCGUGGAAGACAAGACCAACUCAGUCACCAACACUAGCACGGACAAGACCCCAGACCAGCAGCAGGACAUCAUACCACUUCGAGCCAAGCCGGCCCCGCAUCAGCCAGACCAUUCUGUAGACCACCCUAUCGACCACCCUGGCCACCAUCCAAAGGACCCUCAGCACCCCGGUGACCCCAGUGACUACCCUCAAGCAGAGGCUAGCGAGUCUAACCACAAUCAUCACCCUGGUCACUGCCCGUGUGCUCAACCCGGAUCGCAACCCCCCGCGUCGCCGUCGACUUAUAUAAGGUCGUCCCCGUUGACGUCGGAGCUCCCCAACGGUCCCAAGGGUGGCGAUCACGAUUCAACCACCCAACCUAAUAAUCAACCACAGUCUACCAUGAUUUUCGCCGACCUGUACAAGUCACCCAGGUCGCCUCUGAACAAGCUCAGGCACUCGUUUCCUCACCAUCAGCCGGUUGUCCUACCGCCCGACCUUGAUGCCGACCUUGUGAGCAAAGACAAGGCGAAGCAGAAGGAAGCUGUCAGGAAGUACCUCCUUGAGAAGAUUCGAAAUGACUGGGAGUUCGAAUGGCCACCUGUGACACAAUCACAGUCAACAAAAGAAGCACCAACCUCCAAUGAGAAGCAGCAGCAAGAGAAGAGCGAUAUCGCUCAACCUCCAUCAGACAGCAUCACCGCGCCCAACGAGCAUGGCUCACCCAGGAUAGCAGACGAGGCCGCCGCAGUUCAAACCUUUGACGACGAUGCGCCUCGGGAUCCAGGAGAGGAAGCAGAUUCGGAAUCGGACGCCGAGUCGGUCUACAGCACGAUAUCAGAAGACCUCGUCCACUAUCGUCCCCGAGCGGACUGGACCUCCGAUCUCUCAGACAACGACGAGCCAGCUCCCAGCACCUCCUCGCCUUUCCGCUUCGACAGCCCCGACGCAGUCGGAACCGCCGUCAAGUGCUCCCUAGAAGCAAAGCGGGCCAAGAGGAGGCGGGCAGUGAGAGACGAAGCCUCGUGGAAUCCCGGGCUGGCCUGCUUCGAAGCUCGCCGUAAUGCCUGGACAGGCGCGAAGACGGUCCGCGUCAAGCCCAAGCCGAUGAGCCUCGUGUCUCCCACGACAACGAUGUCGACAACGACCCGCCGUCUCUCCUUCUGGCGCCAUCACCGCUCCUCCGAGUUCACCAGCGCCGCCGCUGCCGCCGCGCACCCAGUCGGCUCACCACCACCACCAGCAACAAACCUCUCCGCCCCUUUGUCCCCCACGACCACGCGCACCUCCCAGCAAAGCGCCCAAAGCGACGCCGUAUCCGACACUUCAGCCCGGGGAACAGGAACAGGCGGCAAUGCUACAGAUAGCACAGUCCCCUCCACCUCCCCCGCCUCACCAUCCGCCCCCGAAAACACAUCUCUCUACCCAGUCCAAACCCUCCUCCCCCUCCCCGCUCCCCUCCUCCCGCCUCAAAACCCCAUGCGCGCCUCCGUCACGCCCUCCAUCUACCCCUCCCUCUACGACAAAAUCAUCAUCAACAAUAUGCAACCCUCCUGCCCCGUCAACCUCGCCGACAUGCUGCGCGCCUGCGUCGUCGGCUGGAAGCGCGACGGCGAGUGGCCGCCCAAAUCGCAAUACACCAACGUUGCCGCACCGCCCAUGCCUGUACCCAAGCCGAUGAGCGCUGCGGAGAUUGCGGCGCGGCGGCAACAAAAAAUAGCCCUCCAAAAACAGAUGCAACAGCAGAAGGAGGCGAGGGAACGGGCAGCGAGAGAAGCGAACGAGGUGAGGGAACGGGCGAGGGAGGUUGCUAGACAACAAAGAGAGGAGAGGGAGCAGAAGGCGAGGGAACAGAGGGAGGCCAAGGAGGAGAGGGAGAGACAGGAGAGGCAGGAGAGGGCGGCGGAGAAGGCGGAGAAGCAGAGGAGGAAGAGUGAUGCUGCUGCUCCUAAUGCGGGGAGGAGAUCGAGUAUUGUGGCGUUGGUUGGGGGGGUGGUUAAUCAUUUGACGAGGGUGUCGACGGCGGAGGAUAGGGAUCGGGAGAGGUCGGGGAGUCAGAGUGAUGAGAAUAAUGGUGGCGGGAAGGGGGGGAUAAGGAGGAGUUUGCAGAAGGUGUUUUCGUUGGGGCAUGGGAGUGGGCAUGGUGGGCAUGGUGGGGGUCAGGGGCACCAGCAGGCUAAUGGGAAUCCUAUUGCUUGAACAGGAAGAUGGGAGUUUGGAUACGAAUGGAAAUGGAAGAGAGCGAAGAGUUUAUACCACAGAGAGAUGAGAGCAUUGAGCACAGUGAAGAUGGCACGUCACGUCUUUGGAACUAAGUCAAGUGGGUAUGGUGUGUUUCAUGACAUGAUAUGGGGAAUGGUUACCUAGGUGGAAAGGGAA